AUGUCACCAACUCCCUCGACGACCACACCAACAUGGUCGAACUUCGAGAAGAAGAUGGAGGAGCAUAAGCCAUCAAAAAUGGAUAUUAACUAUCUAGUAAUGGAUUAUCUUGUCACAAACGGAUAUCCUUCAGCGGCGAAUAAAUUUGCCAUGGAAGCAAACAUUCCACAGAGACAUGAUUCUGACAUGAUACAAGAGCGCGUUGAGAUUCGAAAUGCGAUUUAUUCAGGUAAUAUCCAGUCAGCAAUCGAGAAGCUCAACGAGCUUAAUCCACAGCUACUCGAUGACAAGCCCGAGCUCCAUUUCUCUUUACUUCGUCUUCAGCUCAUUGAGUUGAUACGCACUUGUAUAUCUUCUCCGAACACCGACAUUACUCCUGCCCUAGACUUCGCCACAUCACAGUUGGCACCCCGAGCUCCUACUGAACCCCAGUUUAUUAAAGAACUCGAGGAAACCAUGUCAUUACUAAUAUUUCCUCCUGAAAAUCUCUCUGCCCCAUUGAAUGAGCUCCUCGAUCCAGCAAUGCGCAAAACAGUCGCAUCCAAGGUAAACGAGGCUAUACUCCAAAGACAAGGGUCCAUGAGCGAAGCUAGACUUCGUGCUCUUGUUAAACUUCGUGUGUGGUCUGAAAAAAUGGCCAGGAACUCCAAAAAGGACAUUCCCGACAAGUUAGAUAUCGGGUUUGACAAUGAUGUUACCAACGGCAGUGAAACCAACGGUUCACAGAAUGCAGCUGGCCAGGAUGAUAUCGUCAUGCAAGAGCGCGAUCUCGAUUCCAUGGUCCACUAA